GAAAUAAAAAGUAGGAAGGGUGAUCAUUUGCACAUUCCUUGGAUCUUGCGAUCUGGCAACGGGGAAGGAUGGACGAAGGGUACGGCUAUGGCACGGCCCAAGGUGAAGACAUCUUGUCCAAGCUUCGUGCCGAACGCUUCCGCCACUUGGAAGGCCAAGUGUACCUCGACCACGCCGGUGCGACGAUCUACGGAUCGCACCAGGUCGAGCAGCACGCAACGCUCUUGAAGCAAAACUUAUUUGGGAAUCCGCAUAGCUCUUCCGCAGUGUCAAGCCAACGCACCACCGAAGAAAUUGACAGCGCUCGUCGUGAUGUCGCUGCGUUCUUCCAUGCAAGUCUCGAAGAAUAUGACGUUGUGUUCACGUCUGGUGCGACUGCCGGGCUGAAACUCGUUGGUGAGUCGUUCCCAUUUACACGUCAAAGCUCGUUCGCGUACAGUGUGAAUGCACACAACAGUGUUCUCGGCAUACGUUCGUUUGCCAAUGCACGGGGCGCGACUAUGUUUGCCCUGCCUGUGGAGCUCUUGGACGCGGUCGGUCAAGCAGCGACACAAAGUAUUCAUCAGGACGAAACCAACAACGAAAAAGAUGUGUAUAAUCUCGUGGCGUUCCCGGGAGAGUGCAAUUUCAGCGGCGCAAAGCACCCCUUGUCCACCAUCGAAGCCCUGCAUCGCAAUGUCCUCAACAGAAUUCCACUCGAAAAGUGUCAAGUCCCUUCCAAACAACCCGUUCACCACCCCCAGGGGAAAUGGCUUGUUUUACUCGACGCCGCCAAGCUGGCAGGGACCAACCCGAUCGACCUUAGCGAGUUCAAACCCGACUUCAUGGUGGUGUCGUUUUACAAGCUGUUUGGAUAUCCUUCCGGUGUCGGUGCCUUGUUCAUCAAGAAAUCGAUCGCACGCCAUUUGAUUAAACCAUUCCAUGGCGGUGGAACGUUAGCUACGUCGUUCAGUGCGCUCAACAUUAGCCGGCCCCAUGCAGCAACGCACCGACGAUUCGAAGACGGUACCAUACCGUACCUGUCGAUCCUGGCGUGUAAAACUGGACUCGACACACUGCGAGAGCUGACGAUGGAGUCCAUUCAGCGUCACGUCGGCGCUCUCUCGACGUAUACGUACAAGGCGCUGUCCACUCUUCGCCAUGCCAAUGGCACUCGCGUGUGCGAAAUCUACGGCUCCCACCACGUCCGUUCCAAACAAGAGGCGGGAUCGAUUGUCGCGUGCAAUUUUAAAAGGCAUGACGGGUCGUACGUGGGAUAUACGGAGUUUAGCGCUUUGGCCAGCCUCCACGGCAUCCACAUACGAACAGGGUGCUUUUGUAACCCAGGGGCGUGUCAGUUUUAUCUUGGCUUGACCACGAUGGACCUGCUGUCCCACGUAAACCAAGGCCACGUCUGCGGGGACGCCAUGGACGUCAUCCACGAUCGCCCGACGGGGGCAAUUCGCGUGUCAUUUGGAUACAUGACGACCAAGCAAGACGUGGAUGCCUUUCUUGCGUUUGUGGUUCAGUAUUACGUAUCGGCAUUGCCAACGACAACAGUGAUGGAAGCGCCGCCGAUGCGAAUCGAGUCGACAACCAUUCGAUUGAGCAAAAUCACACUGUUUCCUAUCAAGUCGUGCGGGGGCAUGUCUGUGUCGGGAUGGGCCGUGGGACCUGAUGGCCUGUUUUACGACCGCGAGUGGGCCCUUGUCGACCCUGAAACGUUGAAAACGUUUAGCCAGAAAGACCUGCCCAAAAUGGCAACCCUUCGCCCGGUCGUCGAUCUGGAAGCCCAAGCUCUCAACAUUACGAUGUCUGAUAGCACCCCCGUCUCGCCACUCUCGAUACCGUUGACCUACGUGCCAUCAUUGACAACGAAUGUCAGCGUCUGCGCUGCUGACUGCCAAGGAAAGAAAUACGAUGAUCUGGUGAAUGCGUGGUUUACAAAUGUCCUGGGCCGACCGUGUGCGCUGGUGCGAGUGUCCAAGGAGAGUCGUCGCAGUCGAUUGACGCCUUCGAAAGCUCAACAUGCCAUCGGAUUUGCCAAUGAGGCGCCAUUUCUAUUGAUUUCCCGCGCCAGCGUCACGCUCAUGAACUCGAAAUUUGGCAGCGACGUCGAUGAGGAUGUGUUUCGGGCAAAUUUCAUCGUCGAUGGGUGCGAUGCCCAUGCUGAAGAUCGAUGGAGUGAGGUGGCAAUUGGGUCGCACUCGUUGGCCGUCUUGGGACCGUGCGGACGCUGUACGAUGGUCAACAUCAACCAAACCACGGGCGAAAGCGAGGCCGGGCCGCUGAAGCACCUUGCCUCUUACCGACGAGAUCGAGGCAAGAUCUACUUUGGUCAGUUUUUAGCGUUGAAAGCGUCCGAUUCAUUUCGAAUACAAGUUGGCGACACGAUCGCGCCAUUUGUUAAGCCCCACGAAACGUCGGAGUAGAUUUGUGCAUGGCGCACGAUAACCACGUCUCUAUUUAUCUCACAUAUUGGUC